AUGCGUUUCUCCUCCGUCGCCUCCGGCUUUGCCCUCCUCUCCGCCGCCGUCGCCCACCCCGGCCACGACCUUACCGAGGAGAUUGCCGAGCGCCGUGCUUUCUUGAGCACCGUGAAGCGCGCCAGUCUCGGCCACUGCGCCGACAAGCUCGCGGCCCGUGGCGUCACAGCCCGGAACGUUGCCCGCCGCGCCGCCCAGGUCGAGCAGGCCCGCCAGAAGCGCAACAUCAAGAAGCGCGAUGCCGCCUCCGUCCUUGCCACCAGCCACAACCAGACCGACCUCGGCUACACCCUGAACACCGACGCCACUACCCUGUUCUCUGGCAACAACUCCUGCGUCUUGACGCCCGAGGUCACCCAGGGACCGUACUACGUCUCUGGCGAGUAUGUCCGCCGCAACAUCAUUGAGGAGCAGGAGGGUGUCGACAUCGUCCUCGACUACCAGGUCAUCGACGUCGAGACCUGCGAGCCCGUCCCCAACGUCUACCUCGAGAUGUGGCACUGCAACUCCACCGGUGUCUACAGCGGCAUUGUCGCCUCUGGCAACGGCGACUCCUCCGACGAGUCCAACAUCGACAACACCUGGCUCCGCGGCAUCCAGCCCACCGACGAGGACGGCGUCGCCCAGUUCGAGUCCAUCUUCCCCGGCCACUACACCUCCCGCGCCACCCACAUCCACUUGAUGGUCCACGCCAACGCGACUCUCUACGCCAACAGCACCCUCGGCAACGUCAUCUCCUCCAGCCACGUCGGCCAGACCUUCUUCGACCAGGACCUCAUCUCUGCCGUCGAGGCCUUUGCCCCCUACAACACCAACACCCAGGAGGUAACCACCAACGCGGAUGACAGCAUCCUGAGCGAGGAGGCCGCCACCGACGGCGUUGACCCGGUCAUGGAGUACACCCUGCUCGGCGACAGCAUCACCGACGGUCUCUUCGCCUGGAUGGCCUUCGGCAUCAACACCACCCUGUCCAACUCGGUCACCCCCGCCGCUUUCCACUACGCUGAGGGCGGUGUUGCCAACUCCGCCUCCGGCGGUGGUGCCGGCGGUGGUGCCGGCGGCGCUCCCCCCAACGGCACUGCUCCCGGCGGCUCUCCUCCUUCCGGCGCCUCCUCUUCCAGCGCCGCCGCCUCCAGUGCCGCUUCCACCGAGGCUGCCUCUUCUUGCUAA